AUGCUCUCAAAUAAUGGCUACAUGAUCUACAACAACAAUACAAUCAGCAAUACGGGGAUCAAUUCAGCUUACAAAUGCAGAACUUGUUUUUCUAGUACAGGAUGCCAAUCCCUCAUUGUACUGGAAGUUCUGCAGACAGCGUGCACACGGGCUCACAGAGGGACCCUGAGAAGCUGUUUUCCUGCAGCCUGUGUGAAGACAGGGGAGAUGACUCAAGAGGACUCCAUUCUGCUUCACUUGCAGAGUUUACAGCUGCCCUUUCCCGACACCUGGAAAUAUGGGAUUUUGGCACUAGCCAUCCUCCUGGUUUUGGUGGCUCUAACCAUUUUAGCCUGCCAAAUGCGCUACUGCCAGAAACUGAGAAAACUUGGGAGAAAGAAGAAAUACCUCAGUGAAGCCUGUAAGGACACAAAGGCAGAGAAUGGCAUCCUGGGGAAUGAACUGCGACCAGCUCUGCUUGACAUUGUUAAGCAGAGCCUUCCUGAUGUCAAGAUCCAGAAGCUCCAAGAGGAACUGAACAAGCUGGGUACAUGCCUUUUCCCCUCCUGCACCUGCAGCAAGAACCUGGAGAGUGUGGGCAGCAACCCAGAAUUCCUGGAGAGCUCCCGGGGCAGGCUGAGAUUCUCCCUCUUCUACCACAGGGAGCAACUUGAGCUGCUCUUGACGGUCAUUGCAGUGACAGGCCUGCCCAGUCGAGGGAGUGCUGACUCUGCUGUUCGGGUCCGGCUGCUGAGGCAGGUCCCGUCUCACAUCUCUGGCCUCCAGUGCAUGGUCCACGAGUGGCAAACGCAGGUGGUGAAGAACUGCAGGAAACCUGCCUUUGGCGACCAGUUUGUCUGCUCCCUGCAGGAGGCCGAGCUGGAGAAGAGCACUGUGAAGCUGGAGGUUAAACACUUCAACAAGUAUUCCAGACACACCGUGCUGGGGGAAGUGAGGCUCACCCUCAGCAAACUAAAGGCCUCCCAACCUAUGGAGUUCUGCGAGGUGCUACAGAAGACUACAAAGGACCUUGUUGGAGAAGUCCUUGUGUCGCUGAAGUGUCUCCCCAUCUCUCAGAAGAUAGAAAUUGGGCUGCUCAAGGUCAAAACUGCCUCCGUAUGCAGCAGUCCAGAGAAGAAUGUAUAUGCGAGAAUCGACAUCUCCUGCAAUCUCCACAAACAGAAGCACCAGAAAUCCAGCCCCAGGGCCCGAACCUCAGUCAUCAUCUUCAACGAGACUUUCCUCUUCCAUCUUGCUGAGCCUGUUGCUGGGGCCUACACAGUCCUGGUCUCCAUUUAUGAAAUGAGCUCCAGAGCCAGAGGCCGCAGCAGGCAGCUCAUUGGACAGGCUGUCCUGGGGAAGAGGAGCCCCAGCGAAGCCAAUGACCACUGGGCCCUCAUGAUGCAGUCUGUCCAGCAGCCUGUGGCUAAGUGGCAUCCUCUGCUACUUUAGAAGGAGGAUUUUGCACCACUUCCAUGAUGUAGAAACUGGCCAGAUUUUCUCCAUGGCAUCGGGCCCAACAGCGGUCGAAGUGGGUACCUUCCAGAGAUGGGUAAUAGCCUGAAAUUCUGGUUAGAACAGCACUAACUGAAGUAACUGUGCUACUUGUAACAAAAGUUGCUGAUACAUUCACUUCCCUCCCUCGCUGCUGCUGGGAGAGAGAGUGACUUUCCAUCCCUGCCAAAUCCCACUGUGAUUUGAUUAACAAUACCGUUGCCACAGCACCGAGAGGCUGCAACUGAGACCAGGGCCCCACUGCGCUAGGUGCUGUACACACACACACACACACACACACACACACACACGCCCUGAGGAGUUUACAAUCUGAACAGACAAGGGAAGCAAUGGGUGGGAGGAAAGGAGUAUUAUCCCCAUUUGACAGAUGGGGAAUUGAGGCACACAGAGAUUAAGUGACAUGUCCAAGUGUACACAGGGACUCUGUGACAGAGCGGGGAUUUGAACCCAACAUCUCCUGAGACCCAGUCCAGUGCCUCAAUCAUCCUUCCUCUCCUUCCCCUUUCUUUGCCUUGGAUGUGGCACUUUCCCAGCUUUGGGAUCUCCCACAUGGGAAGCACCUGGGCUUAUUUGAGAGAAGGCACCCAGGCCUUGCCACCAGCGCCUCCCUUCACUUACACGCACGUAGAUUGCCUGUGGGAUGGAUGAAUACAAGACCUUGGCAUCCCAGGCUGUCAGUCGGACACUUUCCUUCAGUGAUACCGGCGUGUUAAAAACAAACACCCUGUGUAAAUUCAGCCCCCUCUCACCUGCUGAAGAUAAAUGAAACAGACCUUGUAAACAAGAGCAGAGCCUGCUGAAGUAGGAGCAACCUGCACACUUUGUCCCUGCUGCCAUUUCAGGAAAGGUCUGGUCCCUGGGGCCACCACCACAGCUGGAGAGCUGCCAGCUGCUAAAUUUGGAUGAAUGGUUGAGGUCCAUUUCCAGCAAAUGUGUGUGUGUUCAGGGCUCUCCUGAAGUGGCUAGGAGGCAUGGUGUUGCAUCUAAAGCUCAUUAAUGCUUGUAAACUGUUUCCUUCUCAGGAUAUCACCACUUCCCUGCACCGCAUGUGGUGGUGGACAGUGGCCACUGCUCUGGGACUUCAGGCUUCUGCUUUGUUUAGUCUCCCAGCAAACAGCACCCCCUGGUGGAGACAUGGCAGCACAACCUCACCUUGUAUGGCUUUUGAAAUGGAUCAGACCCAACAUCCAUCCAUUUAGUCCUGUAUCUGGUCUCUGACAGUGGCCAGCACCAGCUAUUUCAGUGGAAGCUCUAAGACCCCUGCAGUGAACAGAUGUGGGAGAAUCUGACCCCCACAUUAGGUCUCACCUGGAUCUCUAUCAGUUAGAGAAUUUUUAGUUAGAGAAUGGUUUAAGCCCUGAUGCAUGAGGCUCCAUAGCCUUUCCAAAAUUUGUCGUCAUUAAUUAUAAGAAUUCUGGAUAUUCUUGAUCGUGAUAUUGUUAAACGUGUCUUAUCCCGUUUUGAAUCUUGGUAUGUUCUUGGCCUCAGUGAUGUCCCGUGGCAGUGAGUUCCACAGUUAUAAAAAAGUAUUUCCUUUUAUUGAAUUUCCCACCUUUCAAUUUCAUUGCAUGUCCUCUGGUUCUUGUAUGAUGAGACGGAGAACAGAAGCUCCAAAUCUGUUUUCUCUGUCUCAUUAAUUAUUUUAUAUACUUUUAUCAUGUCCCCUCUUACUCAUCUCCUUCCUAAAGUGAACAAUCCCACUCUUCAGUCUCUCUCCAUAGGACAGUCUCUCCAGGCUCUUCAUUGAACCUAGUUCUGCGCCAUCCUUUUUGAGAUGGUGUGACCAAUACUCCACACAGUAUCCAGAUAAGGUCACACCAUCGCUUUAUAUGAGGGCAUUAGAAUAUUCUCUGUAUUAUUCACCAUCCCAUUCCUUAUACAGCUUAACAUUGUGUUAGCUUUUGGGACUGUGGCUUCACAUUGAGCAGAGGUUUUCAUUGAGUUCUCUAUAUGGACACCAAGGUCCCUUUUCGAGCUGACCCAGUUAAUUUAGAAUCCUGCAAGGUCCACAAGCAGUUGAAACUUUCCCCUCCAAGGUGCAUUACUUUGCAUUGAUCAACACUGAAUUUCAUUUGCCCUCAUGCUGCUCAUUCUCUUAGCUUGGUUAGGUCUCUCUGAAGUUCCUCUCAAUCCUCUCUGGUUCUGACUAGCAAAUGUUGCUACCCCACUACUUGCCUGCCUACCCCCGCCUUUCCAGAUCAUUAAAUGCACUAAACACAGGACCUAGUAUGGAAAUUUAUAGCCCCCACUUUUGAAAUGAUGAACAUUGAUCAUUUAAUCCUACUCUUUGCUUUCCAUCUCCUAGCCAGUUUUUGAUCCAUGACAAUACAGUUUGCUUCUCACCUCCAUGACUACUUAACUUCGUUAGUAGCCUCUUGCACGGGAUCUUGUCAAAGGCCUUUUGAAAGUUACCGCAUGUAUACCAUGCCUCCCGUGGAGAUAAGAGCCAGCAGAACGGCUCAGUCCUCUGUCCUCUACCAUCUAAUCUAGGGGGCAGUAUUCUGCCACCAGCUCCCAGCCCACUCACUGCUUGCUCUCCGCUCAGAUGCCAGCUGCGAUGCUGGUGGAUAUGGGCACUGAUCUGCUAGGGACUCUCUCCCAAAAGGCAAGGGAAGGGUGAGUAGAUUGGCAUAUGGAGCAAACAUAUCAGCAUGUCACUGACUGAGCUUGCUCCAUAGACACUACCCGGUUCCGACAAGUACUGUAACCUCCAGGCCACUCACCCUGAUGAGAUGGUGACACAGGCCCAUCAGCCUGGAAGCUAUUUCAGGAGCACUUCAGCACCCUCCAAGCCCUGCUACAAGAUGCCUGAAGCUCCAGCAUAAUCAGGACUUGUCCAUGGACAUCAGCUCCAGUGCUGAACCUAGUUAUUUGAGCAUCGGGAAAACAAGAGUGACUACAUUAAACUAACCACCACCUGGCACCGUAUAGCCACAACCUAGAAAAACCUUAAGCCCACAGUUCCCCCCCAUGAGAAGUUCUAGCCUGGGAACCCUGGCACCAAAGACCUCAGCGCAGCCUGUGGUACUGUCACAGUGGGUCAGCUACUCAGUACUAUCCCAGGGGGAGAACGGUCAGUUACAGGGAAAGCUCUCAAUGUUCUGGGCUCCUUUCAAAUGGAAAUGCUGGGCUGCUCUGGGACGGGAAAAAGGUAAAAUCCAUUAGCAGCUCUGACUCAUGGAUUUGCUACAGCUGGCAGCUGUCACCUAAGCCACAAUGUUUGUUUAAUUGUAUCUUCCGGAGUCUGCAGUUCAGGCAGCACAAUGGCAUCAGAUGGCAUAGGUGGGUAGGAUUGCUCCCGCAGCAUUCCCAUCUGGUGUUUCUCCACCCUGCCAGGAGCUGGAGUAGUAGAACACCCAGCGCAGCCGUAGUCCCUGCUGUGGAGCACAAUACUUGAGUAGGGGACACUUCCCAGCUUAACAGUCACUGGCAGUGAAGGAUGAAAGAACGAGCCUCAGCCGUAGCAUGUUUCACUUCAGACUGCAGCUCGAGGUGACAUCCCUGCGCUAGCUCUGAUCAAGCUGCUGCACUAAAAAUAGAGCGUCGCUGUGGCAGUGCGAGUGCUGGGACGGGCAAGCCACCAGAGUACAUGCCUAGCAUCUUUGAUGGGACUGGAUUUGGGGCAGCUAAUCCCUUCCACUGCUCAUGCUGAAGUUAGAUUUACACGAGGUGGCUGUGACCUUGGCCAAUAAUAAUAAUCGAAGGCCUGGACUCCGAAGGUCACGUGACUGAGUGAGGUAUAGAUGUUAUUCAGAGGGAAGGGUGGAGUCUCAAUGAAAGAAACGACUCACUGGGUUUUAGAUCCAAAUCAAGUAAUUAAAAAUAUCUGAAGGCUAUCACAGGAGAACACAGCUGAGUAGAAUUUAGUCCUGCUAUGGAUCCCAAGUGCUCAGUUUACAAGUGGAAAAGAGAUAUGGGAGAGGAGGGGGAACCUCCCAACUCCCAGUCCUACACACGCCCCCUAGGCUCUGAGGGUCAUGUCACAGCAGGUGUUACCCCAGUGGGAUUUGCAGCAGAAAUUGAGUUGACCUUGAGAUGGAAAGAACCUAGCUUGAUUCUCAAAAAUCACCUCCAAUAAAAAAAUCCACACACUUUUGUUGCCCAAAAGAGGCUCCUGUCCAUCACCAUUGUCUUCAGUGGGUGUAACUGAUGGGAACUUAGUAAAAAGUCUGUGUGUUGUACUAGCUGGGAGGCAGCAUUGCCUAGUGGAUAAUGCACUAGAGUAGGAUUCAGUAGACCUGGAUUCUAGUCCCAGUUUUAUCAUUAUUAUGGUUUGACAGGCAAGUUGCUUCACCUACCUGUGCUUCAGUUUCUCCAUCUGUAAAAAUGGGAAUAAUGAUACUGACCUUUGUGAGCUAAUGGCAACCCUAGUGCUUAGAGAUCUACAGGUGAAAAGAGCUAUGCAACAAACAAAAAACCCUAACAACCAGACUCUGCAGCUCAUUCAGUCUUAGCUGUGAUGUUUCGACAGGACUAAGGAGUAAAAUACUAGAGAAAAAAACAGCAACUUGAUUUUGUCACUGAAGCCACUAGAUCUGACUGAGUCCACACAGGGAACUGGGAUCUGAUGAGUAAGAAGGUGCCAUUUUUAUGUAGUUACGUUCCAGAGCAGAUGCACAUUUGGACAUGGGUAAAGAGCUUUGAGAGCCCUAGCAGAAAGAAACACCAACGAAUUAAGGUAUUAUCAGACAGUAGGGCCAACUCCGUCAUUCCACCAGUCAUAUAAGAUUCCCUUUCAUUUUACAGUAAAUGUAGGGUCAGGAAUGUCUGCUUUGGUCCAUAGGGUGACCAUGCUAUUUAGGACAUCAUUAGCUCUAUUGGCAGUGUAAUAAAUUCAUAAGUUUAGAGUUAUUAACUAUUAAGAUAGUUUUACUCUAUAGCCUCCUGAGGCUUCUACAAUUAUCCUCUGGAAGGUUUAGUUUUGGGGCUAUUAAAAUUAAGGCUGUAAAGUGAUUUCAAAAAUUAAUCGUGAUUAAUCGUGUUAAACAAUAAUAGAAUACUAUUUAGUUAAAUAUUUUUGGAUGUUUUCUACAUUUUCAAAUAUAUUGAUUUCAAUUACAAUACAGAA